UGUCACUUCUUUAAUUUCUAUUGGAUAUCUUUGUAGUAAAAAUUAAAUUUCCUAGACUUUGUUUUUUCUAAAAUUCCCAGUUUGUGUAAGGUAUAAGUAAAUGAAUAUGCCAAAACGUAAAAACAAAACUCAGAUUCUAAAAGAAAUGUUGGUUGGAAGUGCUGCUUCUCGAAAGCCGACAGAAAGUAGGGAAAUUCCUGGGGUAAAACGACAAUCGUCGAAGGUACCAGUGGCGUCCAAAAGGAAAAGACUACCCUGCGCUUUAAAGCCCAGUGUUCUUCGCCGGAUUUGCCACUUCCCACCAGAAAAGUGUUUGGCUAAUACGGAGGCGAUGGUUAUGUAUGUCAACCCGAACUUCGUCAAUUGCGACAGUCAAAUCGUUUCCCAUGAGGCAGAUUGUCCGAAAGUUACGAGUUCCCCCAAGUCCAAGCCAAAAAUGCGACAGAGUCCAGCCGCAAAGCAGAGAUCCCUAACUAAAAAAAGGACUUAACAGGACUCUUUCCUUUACUUUUCUUGGUUAUCAUUUAUAAAAAGCUGAACAUUUUACGAGUCCAUGUCCCAGGAUUAACGAUCAAUUCUUAACCUUUGUCGAUCUCAUCUAAGUCCUGUGAAAAGGCUUGUAUUUUGUAUACACUUGUAAAUAAAUGAGUAAAUAAAGCUUUCUGGAAAAAUGGAAA